GAGGCGUCCCCCCCCCCACCCGGAUCCGGUUUCUCCCCGCCCGCCCCUUCCCGCAGCGUCCGCCGGGCGUCUGGAAGCCCUUCAGAAGAAUGGCGAUGGGGAGCUGGGCCGUGGUGUGGACGGUGCUUUGCAGCUUAGUCGCUACAACCCUGGUCUCGGCUGAUGAAGACUGCAAGUGGUACAUAGACAGAAAUGGCUCCUGGCACCGUGGCAUAGACUGCAACUUUCCCUCUUUCUGCUGUGGUGAUUGCUACCAUCGCUUCUGUUGCUUUGAUUUCAGGAACCUUCUCACUGAACGGCAGCAAAAGCACUGCAUGACCUUUGGGCCAAGGACCAUUGCUGGCAUCGCUUCAGCUGUGAUUCUCUUUGUGGCCAUUGUUGCCACCAUCGUCUGCUGCUUCCUGUGUUCCUGCUGCUACUUGUACCAGCGACGGCAUCACAUGCAGACUCCUUAUCAAGGUCAGGAGAUUCCACUUUCUGGUUAUCCUGAUCAGCCUCCAGACCCUUAUCAUGUGGAUCCAAAAGCAGGGCCAGCAUUUCAUCCUGGAUAUGCACCUGUGUUUCCCUACCCACCUACAGUUCCAGCAGCACAGUAUCCUCUAUAUCCACCCGGGCCACCAUACUACAAUCCUUCAGCUCCCCCACCAUACAUCCCACCGCAACACACACAGCCUACUACUUGAGAAGAAUCUUGGAGGACUAAUGAAAAGAAGCCUUUCUCUCUGGGGCUGCUAACUCCCUUUUUACAGAACUUGUAGGGGGACUCCUACAAUCCUGAAACUCCAGCCUGUGUCAGUAUUUUCCAGUGUUUUUUUUUUUUUUUAGUUAUUCUGCAUGGUAGGAAGCAUUGUGACUUUUAAUUCUUUUCUCCAUUCAUCCUAGAUAUUGAGAGAAUCGCCUUAUCCUCCUCAUUUUCUAUAUAGUUCAAGAAGUAGCUGAUCAUUACAAAUGCAAGUGCACAAAGCUGGUGCAAGCACCAUACAUGUAAUUUGACAGAUUUGCCCUCUCUCCAACCAAACUUUUCAGAGGGAGUAGGGAGUAGGCAGUUUGCUUCUGAGGGGUUGCAAAGAAUUAAAUGAAGCUGUCUUUCACUAAAUAGCCAGGAGGGUCAAUUUUAGACCCAUUCUUCAUAACUUCCAGGUGAUGUUUUAUGUCUUAAGGAAGCCCUGAGGCCUAAGAUACAUAUUGAAAGUCCCAAGAUAUUUGGUGCUGAUAAAGAUCCUUACAUUAAGUAGAUCAUGAUCAGAAUCUGGAAGAGAAGCUGUUUGAAAGCCCAUAAAUAUUUCCAAAUAAAGCUGUAAGUGCAAUUAAUACAUAGGAAAAGUAGGUGAGCCUAAAAAGACUUGUUUAAAGAUGAGGAGUAGAGAAGACACAUUGUCUUUCAUGCUCCACGGCACAGAAUAAUAAGUCCAAUAUCAUCUGAAGAUACAGAUAUCAAACUGCUGGCAUUUCAUCUGCAAGUGAAAGUACAGAUUUUCUGUGUUUUUUCCAAGAAAAAAAAAAGGGUGACAAAAGUAACUCUUCUCUGUUGAGCAUAAUUUCAAUUUUCAGAGGGAUUUAUUUAAAUGAUUUCUCUACUGUAUUGAAAAGCAUUUUGAAAUUUCUCUUGUGCAUUCUGGACCAAUCUAAUGAGAGUUAACCUUUCACUGUUUAUACCUUUCAGUAUAAACUGCCCUGACACUAAUAUGAAAUCUCGGUAUUUGAAAAGGUAAAGUAAGCAUUUAAAUCGGAUUUUGAAUUCUUUACUAAUGCCAGAGGUAUCUUAUGAGUUCAUAUAUAUAUCUGUUAAUUCACUCUAAAUAAAUCAUUUCCCAAGGUAAAUCAAGGAACAAAAAGAACCUGCCAAGAACUGGCACUUCAGAAUUUAAACAAGCUUCAAAAUGGUUCAGCAACAGUGUUAGGGAGAUGCCUUGGUUAAACUACAGAUAUGGUAGUUGGAUAGCCAUUUGGAGGAGUGUUGAAAUCUUAGUCCAUCCUUUCCUGGUUAGUUCCAUUUCUAUAUAAAUCCUUCCCACCAACAUCCAAAUGGGUUGAUCUAGAGCAGGGGUAGGCAACCUUGGCUCUUUUAUGACUUGUGUUGAAGUCCACGAGUCAUAAAAGAGCCAAGAUUACCUACCCCUGAUCUAGAGUUUCCAGCAUUCCUAACUAACACAGCCUUCCCCAAUCUGGGCAUUCUCCAUGGUUUCUAUUUUAAAUCUUGGAACUCAUCAACCAGCAUCUUUCACUUUUGUUUUUAUGCAAAUGUGAAGAGAGGGCAAUAUCAUUUAGGAUACUUGCUAUUUUUGUUAAUAGUCACUGCCCAAAAGUAACUGCAAGAAUUUCUUUCAAAUCUUAUGUGAAAAAAAAAAAAGUUUUCUCCCAUGGUGAGACCCCUUUCACGUACAUAAAUAUAUGUUCUUUCAUAAUAUUCUAACUCAGUUUAGAUUCCUUUCUUUUCACUAAGAAAGAUUAGCUAAUGUUAGCUAGCCCCUUUACUUGUCCUGAAUGCAGCCUCUCAGAUUUGCCUCUGAUCAAUUAAUUGUACUCCUGGGGCAUGGGAACGCCUAUUAAGAAAUGGAUGCCUAUUUUUUAUGCAGUUAGCCUAUUUCUCCUGGAAGUCCUUGCUGUUUAUUGAGGCUCUAUCUGCAUUUUAUUAUGUGUAAAAUCUAUCAUUCUGCUGCUGGAAUGUUGCAGAGAACACUGAAGGUUUUUGUUUUCUUCCUAACUAUGUCAGUCUGGCCAUUCUAGGGCAAUCUCAUAGAUUUCCAGAACAGAAAGUCAUUUAUAGUGUAGUUUAGAAGCUGUUGCAGAAUAGUACGUUUUACACAUUCCUGUUGCAAGACCCAAUUUAUCAAUCUGCCACUACAUCUCAUUGUUCUUUCCAAACAUCAACAAGAUUUAGUGUGAUGAGGUUGGAUAGUCCCACCUAUUCCUCCCCACCUGUUGAAGGGAUAUUAACUUUGUAUCUGCAAAAGCUGUAUUUAAAUUAUUUGGAGCACAGAGAAAGCCUGGGAAGCAAGACAAAUGCAUGAUGCUUCAACCAGAGUAUAAAGACAAUUCCUGUGCAAGAAAAUGAAAAGGCCACUAUGUGCUAUGAUGCCUACUAACUUCAUGGUUUCCAGCAGCUGGGAAAAUGUGUUCACUCAGUUGAAGAUGCCAUGCAUUGGGCAUAUGCCUUUUGAUGUUGCACAGAGCUCUGCAAAACCAACGUGUUUAGCAAUGCUGAAGCACCACAAUGUAGACAUCCUCUCCGUGCAUUUGACCAUUUCUGAAUCCUGAAAGAAACUUUUGGAGGAAGAAGCUAACGGAGUCAGCCCUUUUGCUCAAACCAUAUUCCCACUGUAUGGGAAUGGCUGCUGAAUUGUGGCAACGUUGCACCGCUGUCUCUUAUUCUAACCAGAAUGGCAAACAUUUGCUUUGCAAAAUGUCCGUUACAAUGUAGAUUAAAGUUGUAAAUACUGAUUAAGUUACUGCUA